GCCAAAUGCAUCGGGCUGCCAUUGUAUUACUUUCAGGGUAACACACUGGUAUUAUAAUGGUGUUGCUUUCCGGUACACUCCCUCGGGGUAAGCACCAAUAAUAACAGGUCCCUGGUGACCAGCUAAUACAGGUUCCAAUGUUUGCUUCAUUGUUGUCAUCAUUUUUUUAUUUGAAUUUUCUGCAGGUUUUAAAUCAACUGCCAACUGACGUUUCAAACCCUUUCUAAAAGGCACGCGUUUGUCGAACAACAUGAAGCUCCUGGCUGCGGCAUUUGUGCUCGUCCUGCUAUCGGUGGCAGAGGAGGGGCGGGCGGUGAAGCUCAUCCGGACUCGCAGGCAGCUCCAGUCGCCCCUUCAUCUGGGGGGGAUCCGGGAUCCGUACGGCUCGUACUGUGAGCGCAGAGGGGGCUGCUGUCCGGGGCGGGAAGAUUCCUGCACCGUACCGUACCUCGACACAAUCUGCUACUGUGACCUGUUCUGCAACAGGACGGUCUCUGACUGCUGCCCCGAUUUCUGGGGUCACUGCCUGGGGGAGCCACAACCAUCUGGUUAUAGAAAAUAUUGUGAAAGAAAUGGGCACAGAUUCCCAUCAGGGGCUACCUACAAGGAAAACUGCAACCUGUGCACCUGCAGCAAAGACGGCAGAUGGGACUGUGAAAACCACGCUUGUCUCGUUGAAGCAGACAUGAUCCACGCUAUUAACAGAGGCAACUAUGGCUGGAGAGCCGGAAACUACAGCCAGUUCUGGGGGAUGAGUCUGGAUGAGGGAAUUCGUUACCGUCUGGGGACCAACAAGCCCUCCCGAACCGUGAGCAACAUGAACGAGAUGAAGACGAAUUUGGAGAACGUGUUUCUGCCCAACUAUUUCAACGCUGCAGAUAAGUGGCCAGGAAAAAUCCACGAGCCUCUGGACCAGGGAAACUGUGCUGCAUCCUGGGCUUUUUCCACUGCAGCCGUGGCCUCCGAUAGGAUCUCCAUUCAGUCCAUGGGUCACAUGACCCCCAUGCUGUCGCCUCAGAACCUCAUUUCCUGCGACACGCGGAACCAGGGGGGCUGCAGGGGAGGGCAGAUCGACGGAGCCUGGUGGUACCUGCGCAGGAGAGGCAUUGUGACAGAGGACUGCUACCCGUUCUCUAGCUCAAAGACAGACUCCGCCUCCCAGCGCCCUCCGUGCAUGAUGCACAGCCAAUCGGUGGGUCGGGGGAAGAGGCAAGCCACCGCCCGCUGCCCCAGUCAAUCAUCCUCCACCAAUGAUAUCUACCAGUCUACCCCCGCCUACAGAAUCUCCUCCAAUGAAAAGGAAAUCAUGAAAGAAAUUAUGGAUAACGGGCCAGUACAAGCCAUUCUGGAAGUCUACGAAGAUUUCUUUGUGUACAAGAGCGGGGUUUACCGCCACUCUCCGGUCAACAACAACAAGCCACCGCAAUUCAGGAAGCACGGCACACACUCUGUCAAGAUCACCGGAUGGGGAGAGGAGAGGGGGUAUAAUGGAGAGAGAAGCAAAUACUGGAUUGCAGCCAAUUCUUGGGGCAUAAACUGGGGAGAGAACGGCUACUUCAAGAUCGCCCGCGGAGAGAACGAGUGUGAGAUCGAGACGUUUGUCCUCGGGGUGUGGGGCCGCGUCACAAUGGAGGACAUGCACCACAGGAAGUGAGCCAGAGA